AUGUCCAACCUUCCCGGUCUCCUCAUUGACAUCCCGCGCAACCCCAUCCUGGCGGUGGGCAUCCCCGUCGCCGUGGGCGUGGUGAACGGCUUUGCCACCAAGUCGUCCAACUACUCGGCCGACUCGGUGUGGUACAAGUCGCUCAAGAAGCCCAGCCUGAACCCGCCCAGCAGCUACUACGGCAUCGUGUGGCCCGUGCUGUACGCCUCGAUGGGCUGGGCCUCGCACCUCACCGUCAAGGCGCUCGACCGCACCCCGCCCGGCCUCGGCCGCGACACGGCCAAGAAGGCGCUCUCGCUCUACUGGAUCCAGCUCGGCCUCAACGCGCUCUGGUCGCCCCUCUUCUUCGGCGCCGGCAACGUCGGCCUCGCCCUCGUCAACAUCGGCGCGCUCACCGGAACCGUCGGCUACUGGGCCGCCACCGUCAAGGACGUCGACGAGACCGCCGGCCUCCUCGCCAUCCCUUACGUCGGAUGGCUCGCUUACGCCACCUACCUCAACGCCAGCAUCUGGUGGCAGAACUACGGCAACGCCAAGUUCGGCAAGCUCAAGAAGGAGGCCAAGGACCUCUAA